UCCUCAUAUGUAUGGAGACCAUCUGGCAUGCCCUUCAUGGUGUAAAUAUAAGCGGAAUCCAGCAAGUUACCUUCCACGGAAUCUUCCAUACAGCAGGUAUCUAACAUGUCCAGAGUUGAAAAAGGACUUGGAAGCCAUUAUUCAGACGUAUGCACAACAAGCUGAUAAACUAUCUGAUCUUGGAUCGACACAAGCAUGCGAAAGUUUUAAUCACAUCGUUGCAUCAAAAAAUCCAAAGAGCCUCUUUCUGUCAGGAUCAGAAAGUACAAGUUUCAGAAUCGCUGCAGCUGUUGCACAGAAAAACAUUGGAAAGUCUUAUAUACAAGAAGUCAAUGAUGAACUGAAUAUGUCUCCUGGAGCCUAUACAGAAAAGGCGGUUGAAAAGAUGGACAGAAAAAGAAAGUUACAGAAGAUAAGACAGAGUACUGCAGAGUACAAGAAAAGGAGAUGCCAAAUUAGGAAAUCCUCAAGUCAAGAUCAGGGUUGUAAAGAAGUGCGUGAAGGAAAAACAUAUGAAACGUCGGUUGGACUAGAGAAAAUGGAUGAGGAGCAGGACAUCAAUUCCAUUCCAAGUGCCACUGUUGAACCAGAGAGAAUACCACUAAGAAAUACUGAUAGCACAUUUGUUUACUUUGACCUAGAAACAACAGGUUUAGGUUCAUCAGCAGAAAUAUUGGAAAUAGGAGCUGCAAGAGGACAGGAUAUAUUUCAAAAAUACAUAAAACCCAAUGGUACAAUAUCUGCAAAUGCAACUUGUGUGACUGGUCUCCAUAUGAAAAACCAUGAACUUUACUACAGGGAUCAAAAACUUGCAACAACAGACUUGAAAUCAGCACUCCAAAAGUUUUCAGAGUGGCUAUCGGACUUGAAUUCUAACAUUCUUGUGAGCCACAAUGGAUUACGGUUUGACUUUCCAUUAUUUAUUCAAAACAUUAUGUCACAAAAUAUUGUGAUGAAUACAUGUAUUGCCGGCUUUAUCGACACUUUGGAGGUUUUUAAAAAUUCUGAUUUAAAGACACAAACUGGCAGUUUUUCUCAGGAGUCUCUUAUGAGAGAUGCAGGAAUCCAGUCAACAGGGGUUUCUCAUUGUGCUCUGACUGAUGCUAUGGACCUACAAAAUUUAGUGAACUUUCAUAACAUUCCUUUCAACACUCUGUUGAGUCAAAGUGUCAUGUACGAUUAUGUUUUACAGCAUCUAAAGUUUUCUUCAGUAAAGAAUGACAAUUUGAAAUCUCUUGACGUCUUAGUCCAUGGAAAAGUGAUUACAGAAUUUAUGGCAAAUAAAAUUGCAAAAUCUGGUUUGAAUAUGAAUUAUAUUAAACUAGCACACACAAGAAAUGGUGAAGAUGGAGUAAAACACUUGUUUCAAGAAAUUGUAAAUGGUAAAGCAAGAGUUACAAAGUGUAAGAAAAUAAUCAACUCGGUGUCCAAGUAUUUGUCAAGUCAGUUGUAAAGAGUUACUUCCCUUUGUUUUUAUAAUUGUAAAGUUAUGUUAUUUUAUUUUUUAUCUCUCUUAUAAACCUGGCUCCACCAUGUAAGAUAUGAAUUUUUGUACACCAAAUGGCAAAACCUUUAUUUAAAUUUGUAGAAAAAUUCAGAAAUUCCAUAUAUACAAAAAAUAUCUGUGAUUAUCCUUACAUUUUUUGUAAUCUUUUGUAUAAAAUGUCAAAAUAUUUCUGAACUGUUGGGGUCAUUCUAUGUAUUUAAUUUUUUUUGUAUGUUGGUUUAUGUAACAAUGAUGUAGGACUUCGAGAAAUUUUGGAGAAAAUUAUUUAUGUAAAAAAUAAACAUUUUUUCACUUUCCUACAUAUUCCCUUAUUUCUAUCAUUUUUAUUUCAUUAAAAAAGGUGGCAUCCUUGUAUGAAAAUAUUUUUAAAAAAUCAUUAAUGAACUCAGUUAUAAAAU